AUUCUAAUUAUAGUGCACCCUAACAUGUACUUUCGAUUUACGUGUGUUUGCAAAUGGCGGAUUUUGAAGCGAGAGUAGAAUCCCGUAUGAAUUUCGGACAAUCCUUUGACUUUGCAUGAUGCCACUAAAGACAGAUAAACAUAAGGAUGGAGAAGGUGCUAACAAAGGCGCCUCAAUAGAACAAUCAACACAUACUCGAGUGAAACCUGUAAAAAUCGAUAAAAAUGUUAAUAAAGGAAAUGUUAAAGAACCGGGACAAACUUUUGGUCAAGACAAAGCUGGCAACACAACUGAGGAAGAAGGCCCAUCUUUAACUGAUAUGGGCAUUAGUGAUGCAAACAAUGCAUCAGUAGAGACCGAUUACCCUGACAGCACGAUUCAACCAAAGACAGGUCAGAAUCAAGACGGAAAUGGUGCUGAACAUUUUCAAGUAGAACCAGAUGAUAAGAACGAAAGUGGUACUGAUGAAAGUGUUGAAGAAGAAGAACAACCAAACCGUCAAGGCAAACCUGUCGACUCAACUGGACUUACUCCUUUAACAUCACCUAACAAUGACAAUGACAAAACACUUAAUACAUCUGUACAAACUAUUACCAGCAACAGCCCUGGAAAAGAGACGGGCGGUGCCGAAAGCGGAUCGAAAGAGAAUGUUGAGGGAACAGGGUGUACACACUUUAAAACAGUAUGGGGACUACGUCCGGACCUCCUAUUGCUGACAAUCGUCGUUGUAAUUGCUGCGGUUAUAGUGAAGUUUCCGCCCGGAGCACAUCAAGUGGUGACAGACAAUCCAGUUAUUCAACAACAAUUGAGUGACAUUGCGAAGCAAUUUAUUGCAAAGAAAUUUGAAGAUAUUGAAAACAAAAUAGAAGUUUUGGAAUCUAAGGUAAACACAAAUUCGAAAACAAAUUGCGAACAACCAUCUAAACUGGAUGAACUAGAAAAUAACAUUAUCAAGAUAAAUAAUAUUCUUAGUCCGUCUGAUCCAGAUGACAUUUUGCAUCCUGUUAUGAAGACUAAAGUCAGAGAAAAUAUACAAGACAUAACGAAAAUUAAGACAGACAUUGCCGAUGUUAAAAACAACCACAACGCUUUAAACCGUAAAGUGGAUAGAAUACAAAGUGAACUUUCAGAAGUCAAAGAAAAACACAAACAAGACGAUUCUAACUUGUCAAGAGAUAUAACACACAUUCGUGAAAGUGUUACCAAAAACAGCAAUGCAAAUUCCGCUCUCUCUAAUAAUGUAUCUCAAGUUGAAAAUGAUUUAAAGGAUCUUGAAUCAAAAUUACAUGAUACUACUUCCAAGGUCGAUGCUAUCAACGAGAAAAUGAAACCUACAAACGAUACGGUUUCAAAAGUUAGAACAAGUGCAAAAACUGCGACAGAAAUGGUUGAUAAAGCCAAUGCAAAUCUGAAAAUCAUGGAGCAACAUCUGUUUAACAAGGGUACGACUUAAGUCAUGUUAUGUUUUUUGUUUCUAUCGAUAAUUAUUUAAAACAAAAUAUGUCAAUACUAUAUUGUUCAUGUAUGUGUUCAAAGCGCAUGGGUUUAUUACUUUAAAUUCAAUAAGGUUGGUAUUGUUUAUCAGUGCAAUGUUGUUGUUCAGAUACCCUCAGUACUCUUUCU